CUGAGGUGGGGUUUCGCUGAAAAUCCAAUAUGGCGACGAUCGGCGAUAUUCAAAGGCUUAAUUAGCAUUUUUUGAUUUUGUGUUUUUGGAAUAAUCAAUCAUGGCAGAAGUUGACUCGCUAGGUUUUCAGGUACCGGACGAUGUUCGCUUGAAGCUGGCAGAGUUACACCUGGAACUAUCGGAGGGGGACAUAACUCAGAAAGGCUAUGAGAAGAAGAAACAGCGAUUGUUACAACCAUUCUUGCUGGCACAGCAGGCUCAAGAAGUCCAGGUCUCCAGUGAACCCAGCCCACAGUCAUCAGCCCAACGUCGGGCUCAAAGGAGACUGACCCGGGAAGAUAACAGAUACCACUCGGAGAUUCGCACGGAGGCAGUUAUGCAAGCCCUGGCCUCACACAACAAGAAAAUCCCUGUGAUACCACACUCAACCAAGCGCACGUCCGCGUACCAGGGAAACCAGCGACAUCGGGAUAGCCGGCAUGAAUCAUCCUCUGAUGAUGACAGUGUAUACGAUGAAGAGGCAAACCGCAACUUCCACCGCGGUGCGCGCACACGAGAUAGCGGUGCUAGCAGCUCAUCAUCAUUUUCUGACGUGAAUGCGUCCCCACGUCACUCAGACAGAGAACGUCCCCGUAGCGCAGCCUAUGUGAAGUACCAGAUUCCCGGGAACACAUCAAGACAGGCGCUUGCUGACGUUAUGCAGAGUGCUCGACAUUCACAACACAUUUCCCAGCCCCCUGAUGUAACGAACAAUGCAAAGAGCAGUAGACAGGCUGACCGUGUUGGGCGGGGUGUUCCAUCAGUCCGUGUGGCGGGGAAUGUUGGCAUGGACAUUGACUCUGAUUCUCCAAGACACCAAGGCAAAGUGGCGGCCAAAAUACAACAGCUCAUGAACACAUUGAAGAGGCCAAAGAGAAAGCCCCUGACAGAAUAUUUCCAAGAGGACGAUGAUGCUUUAGAAGGCCAAGCGCUAGCGCCACCAGCAGACCCCAACGCCCCAAAACCUGAGGGUAGUACAUUAACCCCUGUGGCUGGAGACCAACUUGUGGUUCCCUCUGGCUUACCUCGCAACUUGGAGGCAGCGUUACACAGAUAUGGGUCAUCCACUUAUAAAGCAUUGGCCGUCACUGUGUUGGAUCAGAAUGGGAAACCCUCCGUCAACCUUACAUAUGGGAAAUUACUCAGUAAGACACAGAAGGUUGCAUACAACUUGUUAAACAAGGUGGGCCAGAAAGGGGAAGUGCCAAUAAAACCAGGAGACAGGGUAGCUUUAGUUUAUCCCAACAACGACCCAAUAUCGUUCAUCAUUGGGUUCUAUGGCUGUAUUAUGGCCGGAGUGGUGCCAGUUCCAGUAGAGGUUCCCACAUCUAGAAGGGAUGCUGGAGGCCAGGGUGUGGGGUUCAUGCUGGGUAGUUUAAGUUGCAACUACGCUCUCACAUCAGAAGCCUGCCUGAAGGGCCUCGCUAAAACUGCUAAUGGGGAAGUUGUGCAAUUUAGAGGCUGGCCUCGGUUAUCUUGGCUAUCCACGGACAGUAUGUCAAAACUGCCGAAAGACUGGCAGCCCCCGCCAAAGGCCUCGGAAGACGUACCCGCGUACGUCGAGGUAAAGGAGAUCCAGAACCGAUCCGAUACGUACUCGACCAGUAAAGAUGGCAGUACGGUCGGAGUUACAGUGACGAGAAAUGGGGUCCUUGGUCACUGUAGAACCCUCACUGUGGCGUGCAAUUACACUGAAGGGGAGGUGAUGGUGUGUGUUCUCGAUUUCAAACGUGAUGUGGGUCUCUGGCACGGUAUACUCUGUAGCGUAUUUAAUGGAAUGCAUGUGAUAUUUGUUCCCUACUCGUUGAUGAAAGUCGACCCUGCAUCCUGGAUGAAAAUGAUCACUAAAUACAAAGCCUCUGUGGGGAUUGUGAAGUCCAGGGACAUGCACUGGGGUCUCCUGGCACAGAAAGACCACAAAGAUGUCAAUUUUAGCUCACUAAGACUUCUGCUGGUGGCAGAUGGUGCAAACCCUUGGUCAUUGACAUCAUGUGAUGCAUUCCUGAACGCGUUUCAACCCAAGGGUCUUAAACCAGAGGCCAUAUGUCCUUGUGCAAGCUCAUCUGAGGCUCUUACUGUCUCCGUUAGAAGACCUGGUAGAACCAGUUCCAGUGCGACUGGGCGUGGCAUCCUGUCAAUGCAAGGGCUCAGUCAUGGCGUAGUGCGUGUUGACACAGAAAACAGUCUCACAUCAUUAACACUACAAGACUGUGGUCAGGUGAUGCCUGGAGCUACUAUGGUGGUGGUGAAGGUGGAAGGAUCGCCCUACCUGUGUAAGACAGACGAGGUCGGGGAGUUAUGUGUGUGUGCCAGCUAUACGGGCAUCAAGUACUGGGGGCUCCAGGGUAUCACAGUUAAUACAUUCCAGGUUCAGCCACUGAACGGAGAUGGGAGACAAACAGGGGAUAAGAUCUAUGUCAGAACAGGGCUGCUUGGUUUCUUAGGGCCGGGUGGUUUGGUAUUUGUUUGUGGAAGCAAGGAAGGGCUGAUGCAGAUAUCUAACAGACGACAUAACACUGAUGACAUCAUAGCUACAGUACUUGCUGUUGAACCUAUGAAAUUCAUCUACAGGGGAAGGAUAGCAGUGUUUUCAAUAGAAGUCCUCAAAGAUGAGCGUAUCGUGAUAAUUGCGGAACAGCGACCAGACUGUCCGGAGGAGGAGAGUUUUCAAUGGAUGUCACGUGUUCUCCAGGCCGUGGACAGUAUACACCAAGUGGGGGUGUUCUGUCUGGCUCUAGUCCCACCCAACUACCUACCCAAGACCCCAUUAGGGGGAAUCCACCUGCACGAAACCCGCAAAAAAUUCCUAGAGGGCUCGUUACAUCCAGCCAAUGUGUUAAUGUGUCCACACACAUGUGUUACAAACUUACCAAAGCCACGAGAACACAGGCCUGACCGAGAUGUGACCCCCUCAGCCGUACAUGUGGGCAACAUUGUGCAGGGAGCCAGAAUGGCUUGGGCCCAGGGGAGGGAACUCAACACAUCAGAAGAGGACGGAGAUGGCUCAAGAAAGCACCAGUUUUUGACGGAGAUUCUCAGAUUCCGAGCUCAAAAUACUCCUGAUCACAUCCUGUUUACAUUGCUCAAUUCCAAGCAUGGACAAUCUGGCAAGUCCUGGCCUCCACAGGUUCAAGUUCAGUUAUCCAUGUCAUGUUCACAACUCCACAAGCGGGCAGAGAGAAUCGGCAAUCUGCUCGCAGAGAAGGGAAAAUUGAAACCGGGCGACCAUGUGACGUUGCUUUACCCACCUGGAAUAGAACUGAUAGCAGCAUUUUAUGGCUGCCUGUAUGCUGGCUGUGUUCCAGUGACUAUCCGACCACCCCACCCCCAAAACGUAACCACAACACUUCCCACCGUCAAGAUGAUAGUAGAGGUCUCAAAGUCCUCAGCUAUACUCACGAGCGCCAACAUUGUCAAACUACUCAGGUCAAAGGAGGCAUUAUCAGUAGUAGAUGUCCGGGCCUGGCCCACCAUAUUGGACUCUGAUGACUUACCAAAGAAGAAACUGACUAAUGUCUACAAGGCGCCCACUCCAGAGAUGAUUUGUUACCUCGACUUUAGUGUCUCAACCACAGGAAUGCUGGCUGGGGUCAAGAUGUCCCAUGCAUCAGCCACAGCAUUGUGCAGGUGUAUAAAGCUGCAGUGUGAGUUCUACCCCUCAAGAGAAGCUUGCCUGUGUCUAGAUCCUUACAGCGGUCUAGGAUUUGCCCUCUGGUGUUUAGCAAGCAUAUACUCUGGUCACCAUUCACUACUAGUACCACCGUCAGAGGUGGAGGCGAACCCUGCCGUCUGGCUGUCCGCUGUCAGCAUGUACAAAGUUCGGGACACAUUCUGCUCGUAUGGGGUUAUGGACCUUUGUACACGGGGACUGGGUACCUCGACGGGGACUCUGAAGGCGAAGGGACUGAACCUCUCCUGUGUUCGUAUUUGUUGCGUAAUAGCGGAGGAGCGACCAAGGAUCCAUCUGACAACGUCGUUCACAAAACUGUUUGCCGAUCUAGGUCUUUCAUACCGGGCUGUGAGCACAAGUUUUGGAUGUAGAGUCAACAUUGGCAUAUCAUUCCCGGGUGCAGCAUGCCCAGAGCCGAGCACAGUGUUUGUGGACUUGAGAGCUUUGAGAAAUGACCGAGUGACGCUGGUGGAGAAAGGCAGCCCCCAUAGCCUCUGUCUCAUGGAGUCGGGCAAGCUGCUGCCAGGAGUGAAGGUUGCCAUAGCAAAUCCAGAAACCAGGGGACAGUGUGCUGACUCCCAUCUCGGAGAGAUCUGGGUAAGCAGUCCGCACAAUGCAGAUGGCUACUUCACGAUAUACGGCGAUGAGUCCCUCCAUCCGGAUCAUUUCGACGCAAGACUGGCGACUGGCGAUCUCCAAUCCUCGUACGCUAGAACAGGCUACCUCGGCUUUGUAAGGAGAACAGAGCUUACACAAAGUGAUGGAGGUCGGCAUGACGCCCUUUUUGUCGUGGGUUCACUAGAUGAGACGAUAAUGCUACGGGGAAUGAGAUAUCAUCCCAUAGACAUCGAGACGAGUGUGCUUAGAUCUCACAGGAAGAUAUGUGAAUGUGCUGUGUUUACAUGGACAAACUUGCUAGUAGUUGUUGUGGAACUGGACGGGAAUGAAAAUGAGGCUCUAGACCUCGUUCCCUUGGUUACAAACUGUGUUCUAGAGGAGCACUACCUCAUCGUUGGCGUGGUGGUCGUUGUAGAUCCCGGAAUUAUCCCGAUAAAUUCCCGCGGUGAGAAACAACGGAUGCACUUGCGGGAUGGAUUCUUGGCGGAUCAACUGGAUCCCAUAUAUGUCGCGUAUAAUAUGUGAACGGAUUACCAGAAAAUAGAAUAGUGUUGGCUUAUCUAUUGGAUCUUAUAUUAAAUAUAUCACAUAUAAUAUGUGAAGAUAAUUCAGAAAUAUAAGUGAUUUUGCUGUUCAGUUGGAUAUGAUAUAUAUUGCAUAUUAUAUGUGACAAUCAAAUCAGAAAUAUUAGUAAUUGGUUGAUAUGCUGGAUAUGAUAUAUCUGGCAUUCAAUAUUUGAAGAGAAUUCUGAAAAUACAGAGGCUUAAGAAUGCCAAAUCUGAUAUAUGUCACAUAUAAUAUGUGAUUUUGUUAGUAAGGGUUGAAUUGAUAAGAGACUGACCCUGUAUAGGAUUUCUAACAGAUCUGCAGAAUUACGGAGACAAAUAUCAGAAAUUGGGUUCAAUAGUGCAUGCAAUGUGUGAUAAGAUCUGCAUUACUGUGUUAUAUAAGUAAUAAGCGCUAAUAUUUGAACCCCAUUAUUAGCUAUGAAAUACAUGUAUACAUUGUUGAAUUUACAUAAAGUACAUGUACACAUCAUAGUUUUUAGCAUUAAGUACAUAUAUGAGCUGAUUUAGGGCCCAAUCUGUCUUGCUUUGUUAAGAAUCUGUUUAAUUAUUUGUUAAUGUUAAACAAUACCACUAUUUUUCAUAAUGUAAGUGUGGGUUUGGUGAACAUUCAGCAUUCAUUGGCCUCAGAUGUUGAUCUUCUGCAUUGCAAGCAUUAAUAUUGCUAUGUCCACAGCUAAGCAAAUAUAGAAUUGGGAUAGUGUAAGCUACAUCAAUGCUUAAUUAUGCAAGUCACUAAGAAACAUUAUUUUUAAGCUAGCCUUACCGAAAUAUUACAUCGAGGAGGCGAAAUCCAUCCGCUUAUUUCUACAUGCAAUUCCCAUUCACAUUAUACCAUGUUUUGAAAUCUCAUUUAUGUUCUUUCUUAAAGAUACAUGUAUACAAAAUAUAUAAUGUUCAUUUAUUCAAGUGCUGUUCAUUUUAACAUUAUAGUGCGAGAUUUACAUGUAAUACUAGCAGUGAAAUCGUUUUGACCUAUUUGCCAAUAAAGAGCUUCCUUUUAGUAAGUAGUUAGGUAGUAAGUCAAUUCGUGGUAUAUAAGGCUAUCCAUUUUGUCAUUCGUUUGGCAAUAUGUUGAUAAUGAAGCUUCGUGAUCCCAUUCAUUUUUGGCAUCAUUGAAAUCGGAUGGAAGCUGGCCAAUUUUGCAGUCUUUCAACCCCAUAAAGGCUUCGUUUUAGUAUCAUUUUUAAACAAUUUUAUAUAUUUUCUCUACACAUUACACCCUUCCAAAUAGUACCUAAAUAAUAAGUGGUCACCAGGCAUCUCAAUUUGAUAUAAUUGUACAUCCGAUACGGCAAACAAGUUAGACUUCUGUAUUACCAAGAAAAACCAGUAAAUAGAAAACCAUGACAUUAUUUAGCUUGUGCCAAACUCAUCCAUCAGUAGUUUUUCGAGUUUUGAAGCUAAACGUUUUAAGUAAAUUUCAGUUAUAAUUGAAAACUAUAAGACUUUUUAUAAUGUAAGGAUCAGAGAAAAUAUAAAGUCUGAGGGAAUGCCGUCUGCUCCUCAUUUUGUCCUGAAGAUAAAUAGAAGCAACAUUGCUGCCCAACAAAUCAUCCCGUUUGUUUCUGAAAUGUGGUUCACAUUUUAAACCUUAAGGUAUUUAUAAGGAUAUUUUUCGUACAUCAGUAAUGUUACAUGAUUUUUACGUAUUUAUUUAUUGUACAGUGCUCUGUCAGUGUGUUUUUAGAUCCACGUAUCUUGGGUCAAAAAUGCUGUAUAAGAUAUUGUACGAGUAGUUUGCAAUCAUGUAUAUACAAUUUUAUGUAAAUUUGUAAACAUAUUUUAUGAACACUUGACAUUUCAUAGCAUAGCCAUUUCAACAAUGACCAUGUUUUUCGCAAGGUCUUUUAGAUAUUAAAAUUGAAAAGAACGGGCAAACUUCAUCGAAGUAAGAGUUAUAACAGCAGAGUCAAGUAUUUGCCCAUGAAGAAAAUAAUACUAACUUGUGAAAAAAUAGUACUAACUUGUGAAAAAAUAGUACAUGCCGAUGAAGUAAGUAAUUCUUGAUAAAAAAUAGUACCAGCCUAUGAAAAAUAGUAACUGUUGAUGAAAAGUAGUACUAAUGCAUAUAAAGUACUAUUUGUCUGCUUCAAUUUCUUGCUUAUUCUGUGUCAUGUAAAACCAUUUGACAGAUUAUAAGACAAACCAUGUAUAAGGCCAGUGUAAUUUGCCAGUUAAUUAAUCAAUCCACCGUCAUUUGCAAACCUGGGUGAUCUCCGAUAUUGAAAUUGGUCAGAAAAUAGGGUCAUUGUUGAAAUGUAAAUAUGGUACAACAUUCAAUUUUAGAAUGACAUAUCCAGUAUUUGUUAUUAUUAUUUUCGCAUGGUGUGCUAUUGGUUCAUGUCUCAUUUCGACCUAGGUAUCGUUAACCGGCUCCAAGUCAUUAAGUAUUGUCAUGUAGGUCCCCUAUUUUGUAAUUCAGAUAUUUUUGUUCUGUUACGUUUGGUUAAGUACUAGUGUACCCUUACUUCAGAUAACUCUUGUGUAUAAUUAGUGGGUGAAAGGGACAGUGUUCUAAAUGACAUUUGAUAAGGAGGCAGAUGGAACCUUUUUGCCCCGACUUGUCACUUUCAAACUUCCAACUUUGUUUUUCGAAGUUCUCUAUUAACUAGUUUCUGUUUGUGUGUUCCACGUUCAUAUUGUUUUUUUUUAUAAUUUUGUUCUAAGAAUGCAAAAGAAACGUGUGUAAAUAUUUAUAGCUAAUCGACGAUCCAUUUAAACGUUAGUGUAAUAAACUGCAAUGUUUCUUCAGUUAUUUGGUACAGUUUUGCCUAGGACUGGCUUUUUGUGCAAUAUCUUUGUUUUUGUUCAUUUUUUUCCCUAUUUUUCUGUUAUGUCUGAUUCAUUUCGUGUAAAGAUAUACAUGAGCAUCCCCUUAGAGCACGUUUUUGUUAUGGUUCGUUGAUAAAAGCACAUGAUGAUAUUUUGAUUGAAAUGAUUUAUAUAACAAAAUUUAUCCACAAUGUACAUGUAUUGCCUGACAUCAAUCAAUACUGGAGAUUGUAUCAAUUUUUUGGAUACAGUCGAAACUCGCAUUGUCUAACAUUGUUAUCUUUAUCUUCUGGUUAUGUCAAACUUUCUCCGAAUGUGUUGGGUUUUUGUAUUUCGGUUAUAGCCAAUGUUCGUUAUCGCAAACUUUUCCCCGAGGUCCUAAAGACCUUGACAUAGCACGUUUUAACUGUAUUUUUUUUCAUUUUUGAGUUCAUUAUGCUAUUAAUUUAAAACAAUGCCAAAUGAUAUAUAAGAAACAUAUGAUGUAUGCUUUAGCGAUUUAUGGCUUCACAAAUACUUAGUCUUGCAAAAAAUGUAACAAACCUCGGAAAAAAGGUCUAAACAAAAAUAUCAUGAAAAAAAUCCUUCAGGCAUUCUUAUUAACCGGAUUGCAUUGUAACAUAUUUGCAUGUAGGUCAGUUUGAUAAUCACUCAUCACUUUCAUCACCACUUGUUUUAUGUAAUAAUAUCAUGAUAUUAGAUCUGAAAUGCAUGUUUUUGUUAGUAAAUUUUCCAUCCCUGUGUAAGCGUACAUGUACAUAUGUUUAUUUUUGAACAGUUUGCAUUGAAAUGAAAAAGGGCCCAUUAUCACAAAGCCGUUGACAUCAUAAAACAGAAAAAGCAAAGGCUUUUUGGUCAUCUCAUUGGGUUAACAUUAUUAAUACUGUCUAAUUGGAUUAUCUAUGUUCAAGCGCGGAAAUGUAUAUUUUCUCGUCUUCCGAUUUUCAGUGUAAUGAGGCCCUCGACUACAUACAUGUAUGAUUCUUUUAAAGGCAUUAAAUAUUUCUUGUCACAUAAACAUGACUUGUCAAGUAUUAAACAUGUGUUUGAUACAAAAAGAAAUGUGUUUAUUACAAAGAGCAAUGUAUUCAAAGAUUUUAAUUAACAAUUGCAUAAUAAUGUCGCAUGUUUCUAGUCUUUAUUCUUAUAUGUGUGAAAUAGUAAGAUAUAAUAUGAACUCUAUUUACUUCAAAUAUAUAUAAGAUAUAUAGCAGAGUGGAACUAUUUACCUUCUUGGAGAUAUGUAUAUCGGCUGUUGUUUGCAAAAUAUAUACUUUCAAACUUGUUGAUAAAAGUUUGUACAUGCUAUCAUCAAUGGUAGAAUUUUUUUCUAAGAUAUUACAAUUUUAUUAGUUAUCGCUUUUUCAGAGAAAAGUUCUCAUUUUGCAUGAGAAAAUGGAAACAUGUGCCGCAAGGCCCACAACUCUAGCUAUUAUAGUUGAUGAGUUAUGCUUCUUCGUUCAUUGAUUUCAAAACACACUUUGGCUUGUACUUUCAAUAAAAAUUCCAAUAAUUGAUAACAAAGACACAUUUUAAUAAUAGUUUUAAAAAUGCAGAGAGAAAAAAAUGUAUUUUGCAUAAAAAUGCUGUAGUUGACUCAUUUGUGUGCAAAAAUGAGUUUUGUGGAGGUAUUCAUAUUAUAAAGAAAACACAAAUUUAGAUUAUUGAUUGGAUAAUGAAAUAAAACAUUUAGUAAUGUAUAAAUCUUGACGAGAUAACAAAUUGUUUGCCUGCUCAUGUGGCACACUGUUAGGCAAAAUGAACAUACUACUUCUACCUCUGUAGGAACCAUUUUCACAGACAAUAACACAUCGUAUGACAAACAGUCUCUUAUAAAGAUCUGAAAUAUAGAUGUAUAACCAAUUUGUUCAUUUAAAAAAUGUACUUGUUGUUUUGUUUCGAAUGUUAAGCAUAAAAAUCAUGAAUGAACGCAGACUGUUUUAUUAGCAAUGCAAAUAUGAAAAAUAAAACUUUUAAUUUGAGAAUCCAAAUUUUAUAACACAGAAUUGUAGUAUUACGAUAUUAUUGUAAUCUAUUGAACAUACUGUUGUUAGUUGAUAGAUGUUUGAUUGUGGUUAUUUCUUACAAACUGUUGGUGUACAUGUAUUGUGUUUUUAUGAAUCACUGAAUGGAAGAAUUAUUUAUUUUAUGCUGUUUUCUUUAUAUUGGUGUAAUAUAAAUUGACCUAUUCAUAAAUAAACAUUGAAAUGGCUUAA